CGCAGCAACUUUUCAUGGCUUCUCAAGUCAAGGACAGUGUUGUUGUCAAAAGAAAUACACUGUCACUAAUGACUAUCGUGGAAGGAAAUCCUUACUUUGGGACAAUGAGUUGGUGUCAGUCUUUGAGUGAUUUCCUGAGUUUUGCUGAAGCAGAGAUUGUGUGUGUGUUGCAUAAACAUGAAUGACAUGAAUGAGCAAGAAUGUUAAUCUUUUUUAUGCGACCAUAGUACAUUGAUAUGAUGUCAUUGAUGGGCACGGAGCCAAAUUUAAUAACAACGCCAAAAGUGAUUUUGGCAAAUGGCCAAGCAGCUAAAACUCCAAGAAUAUGGAAAUUUUUAUGCGAACUACAUUUUGUGCAUAAAUUGUGUACGACCACGACCACAAUUCUUCACUGCAUUACCAAUACCAGGUGGAUUUUCGCUAGGGCAGUGUGUUUAGAGUUUUAAGAGAUGGCCAUUCGAAGAGUUUUCUGCAGGUUUCAGUCUCUCAAAAUUGGCGUUUCGGCCACGGUAGCGGUGUACCUUGUUUUGACCCUCGUCAACUUUGGGUUCAAGAGGGUCGUACGGAGCCCUCGUGUGGUGCAGAACGGGGAAUCCAACUUGGCCGACUAUUUUGAGAAGUUUGUCGCCCCUCAUCAGCAACAUCUUCGAAAGGCCUCGGGCUUCCCUGCGAAAAAUGAAAGUGUUUUUAAAGAACUUGGCGACAGCAAGUUCUCCUUUUCGAGGACUAACAACAACAGAAGUAAUGUGCUGUUUGGAGCGGAUGUUUUUGCAGAUGAUUCAAGCAUCGUAAACCCUCCUGAGAUGCCGCCAAGUCUAAAUUUAGAUGAAGUACCAUUUAUGAGGGAUGCACGUUUUACACGAUCAAAAUGUCCGAAGACGGUCUCUUCCCUGACCAAGUACUCACGGUGGUUCCGAGAGCGAUUUCAGCCCGAUAUUAAGAUAUUUCUUGAGACCUCUGAUGUUGGGGUUUAUUCUAAUUACUACAAACUGCUGCACUUCAGACAACCGUUUGGAUUCAGAAUGGCAAACAAAACUAAACUGACCACUAUUGUCAAUCACCCAAAUUUCACCGAUGCACCCCUAAAUGCUGAUGGCAGACCCAACAGAUGUCUCCGCUGUGCUGUGGUCGGGUGUGGUGGGAUCCUGAACGGCUCUGGGGCAGGCGUUGAAAUUGACAGCCACGAUUAUGUCUUUAGACUGAACCGUGCAAUAUCCACUGGUCACUAUGCAGAGGACGUUGGGAACAAGACCAGCUUCUACACCUUCUUCCCAGAGUCUAUGCACGCACAGGAUGUGCAGGAUAAAAAUGCAACGUUCUUCUAUGCAAUGUUCAAAUCCUACGACCUGGACUAUGCGAUCAACAUGCUGAAUGACGACACGCCUCCGAGAUACAUCAGCAGAGGAAAACUGUUUCGUUUAAAGAAGGCGAAGUUUGAUAAAAGAAAGCUGAAAAUAAUCCACCCGGACUUCUUCCGAUACGUCUUCACAAGGUACUUGGACACAAAAGCCAACAGGCCAACAACAGGAGCUGUGGUAGUUUUCCUAGCCCUGCAUCUCUGCGACGAAGUCGGCAUCUACGGGUUCGGUUACGACCCCCGCUUCACCCUGCACUAUUACGACAAGACGUUCCGGUCGCACACGGACAAGGCGACUGCACUGCACGACGUGGACAACGAGCGGGAACUGUGGCACAAACUGCACGAGGAGGGCGUCCUCAGACUAUUCAAGAGAGAUUUAUGAGAGAAAAUGGGAUUUGUCUCGCAAUUACGCAUAUGUGUGUUGGUUUGCUUGAAUAAGAGUUCUGAAAGAGUGGCCAAAGCACCCCCAGAACAAAGACCGUAAGCUUACAGAUGGGAAGUUCAGUUGGUAGAUUACUGGUAUGGAAUUCCAGACGUCGCAGGCUUGAAUGCUACCUCAAUGUUCUGAAAGUAACUAAAACAAAGUAGAAGUUAGUAAAUCUUUCCACCUUCUGUUAAAGAAAAAUUUGAGAAAUAAAUGCACAUACUCAAUUUGUUUUAUAUAUUUGUUACAAGUUUGUAUAUUUUGACCAUCCAUUUAUGUAUGACAUAUUUUGUACUUUUUUACAAUUGCAUUAUCAGGUCUAUUUGUUCUUAUUUGUGUGCUGAUAUUUUAUGUAAUAUAAGAG